GGUUCUUAUACUGAAGAAGUCUCGGCUGUUAUGUCAGAUGGUACUCGUAUAGCGCACAGUUAGGCGCUCGCUAGUGGUACUACUUCGAGUGGUUCGGUGGAACUGUAAUUUGUGAUGGCGUGCGAAAAAGCAAGUUUGUGAUAUGAUUGUGAAUUUUCUUCAAUAAUUUGAGAUAAUAUGGCGGCAAGGAUUUAUCUAAUACUGUUCCUAUAUCUGUUGAACUCAGAUAGUAGUGAAGCAGAAGGUGGAAAAACAAAUAUGAACCACUUAGCUGACAGAUAUUUGAAGCCAGUAAUGACUAUAGACAAAGUGUCCCUAACCCAGAGGAACUAUAUACAGUUUCUGAAGUAUAUGGUGGAUGUCCCACCUAUAACAGACUACACAUUCUGUAUCUGGAUGAAAAGUAACAAUCUCACUCGUAACCAUCCACUUCUGUCUUAUUCAAAGGAUGAAAAUGAUCGUCUGAUCACCGUAUGGGUGACCCCACAUGGAAAAUUCUUAAGGCUGAAAAUAAUGGACAAGCCAGUCUUUGAGGUCCCUUUGGACCUCACUGAACAUAUAUGGCACCACAUUUGUCAAUCUUGGGCUGGUCUUACUGGUCUUUGGGAUCUGUACGUCAACGGGAAGCAUUUGGCCAGUGGCCAAGACGCAGGUCUACAAGGAAUGAUAAUUCCCCCUCACGGUGACUUAGUCGUUGGCCAAGAAUACACCGAUUUCGAUAAAGGGCUAGACGAUGGUAUUGAAGGUGACAUUUUCGGCUUCAACAUGGUGUUAGCCUCAACGCACAAUCACUAUACACCACCAGACCAUCAUCCUAUUGCUCCUCCAGUUAAUUUGAGGCUCCCGGUUCCCCUGGUGAUAGAUUCAAAUAUACCACAUAAGGCUCAUUUUGGUAAUGAACGUCACAAAUACAAAUCAUAUCGCUUCAAGUCAGGCGUUCCCUUCAAACAUACCAUAGAGUUGGAGUCACCCAGGAGCAGUUCAGAACCUAGUGUUCUUGACUAUUUUACUUCAAUACCCUCCAGAAUGGCCAAGACGUUUUUCGAUAUGUUUGACUUGACACAACCACAGAGAAAGAUAAACAAGAUCUACAAACCUCACCCUCACUACCCCAGGAGGUCCUAUACAAUACACCCACGUAGAAUAUCAAACAUCGAGAUACCAGCAGAAGGACAGAAGCCUCUUGGACUUCUAUUGGUGCAACUGAGCUACGACUGUACCAACCAAAAGGGAGCACCACUGAACGGGAAGAGUGUUCUGAUCAGUUGGACUAAAACGGGUGUUAGAGUUUUUGGUGGGGCUGCACUGUCACCUAUUGCCCCCUUCUGCACAGGAAUAUAAAUUUAGAUGAAUAUGUGCCAAGUUGCCAAAGUAAGACUAAAAGCCGAUGGCCGGAGACAGAAUUUUGGUACCUAUAAAUAGAAGUAUUUAUCCGCAACAAAUUAUGCAACCUCUGAAAAAGUACCAAAAAGAGUAGCGUAAUUUAUUAUUUACUUGCAUACGUGUACGAGUCUAAUCAUAUUAGACAAAAAUUCAUCUGGUUUGCGAAAUAAUUGUACAGCAUGAUUUUAUUGAUGUGAGUUGUUCAAGAGGGUUUUUAAAACAUGGACGCAUAGAAUGGGUAUACCAUUUUUUUUUAAACAUUUUAUUCAACAACAAUGAAUGAGAAAACGUGAUUUUUUGGGAUUCAAUGGUGUUGGCGAGAUCGAAAAAACUCUUAAGAUAUUCAGGUAUUUUCGGAACCUAAAAAAUGAGACCACACAUUAAAAGAUUCGACUAAUAGCGAAAACCUAGUCAAAAUGCAGGUAUAAGACACAUGUUGAUAAUACGAAUAUAGUGUCGCGAAGAUACUUGAAAUUCCUCAAAUCAAUAGGCUUUAUACUUCUAAAUUGUCUAUGGCGUGAGAAAAGCUGUUUGCUUACAAUAAAAGUGACUGACUGUACGAACAAGGAUAAUGACGUAUCGAGUAGCAUCUGCUACCCUCUUCACUUUUGAUACUUGCUUAUAGUUUAUUGCAUAGAGUACAUGCACAUCGUGGGCUAACUUUUCAGAGGAACAUCUACUUCGUGGAGUACAAAGCUAGAAAAUACUCCUCAUCUUUGUAUCCCUUUUAUCGAUGUUAGACUCAAUUCUCAUCAGUUCUCCAUUAAGUGGUGUUUCCAUUUUCCCCAAUUUGGAUAGAUGAAAACAUGAAUGUAGAAGAAAAUGCGGAUCUUCAGUCUUACCUGUAAGUUAAUUUUUUUUCUUUUGCAAUAUCCUACUGAAAAAAUAUUAGUUGAACAUGUGGACAUUUUUUUUGUUAUACUGUUAUCUGUUACACAAUUAUUUCGAACCAAACUUAAAUUAUUGUAGGUGCAUACACUACUUCAGAU